CUCUCUCUCUCUCUCUCUAUUUCCUUCUCAUCAUCAUCAUCAUGAAACCAAAACAAAAAUAAUUAUAAAUCCCACAAAAGGUGAAAGGUGGCAAAGGAGGAAAAGUAAAUUCUUACAUCCAAGAACCCAAUUCAAAGUUCUGGAGAGAGAAACAGCUAAACAACCCACAAUAAAGGCUUUCUGGGAAACAAGUAUGUGUUAUAGGAAGGGAGAGGGUGGCUAGAGACACGGAUCUCUUCUCUCUUCUCUCUUCUCUCUUCUCUCUUUCUCCCUUCUCUGCUUGCUCUUCCUUUUCCUUCAAGACAGCUUUUUUAAGAAAUUUAUUGUAGUGGAAUUGUGGGAGUUGGGCAGUUUCUGUUACAGAGGUUUGAAGCCAUAUGUUAGUUUUAAGGGAGAAACGCUAAUGCUGGAACAUGGGAAAGAAAGGCAGUUGGUUUUCUGCAAUCAAGAGGGUUUUUAGUCCCCAUUCUAAGGAGAAGCUAGCCAAUGACUCAGAGAAGAAAAGCACAAAAGAAAAGAAGAAGAAGGGGUUAGGAAAACUAAGGCAUGCGGAGACCAAUUCGUUCAUUCCCCUAUUCAGAGAGCCAAGCAGCAUUGAGAAAAUAUUUGGGGAUUUUGAAAGGGAGCAAGUAAUUCUUAGGCCACCCACGCCUCUUGAGCAACCAAGAACACCCCCUUUUGUGCCUCCUAGAGUUUCUUCUCCAAGGGCUCCUUCUCCAAGGGUUGCCUCUCCUAGGGUUGCUUCUCCAAGGGUUGCUUCCCCUAGAGCUGUGUCGCCUCGGUUUGUUCAUCACCAGAAGGAGAUUAGCCGCAGGCCAGAACCAACUCUAAGAAACCACCAUGCUUCAGCUACUAAGAUCCAAGCAGCCUAUAGAGGUUAUAUGGCAAGGAGAAGCUUUAGAGCAUUAAAGGGUCUGGUGCGGCUACAAGGAGUGGUGAGAGGACAGAAUGUGAAGCGCCAGACGGCAAAUGCAAUGAAGUACAUGCAACUCUUGGUGCGUGUACAAUCACAGAUUCAGUCACGGAGGAUCCAGAUGUUAGAAAACCAAGCUCGGCAUCAAGCUCAAUUCAGAAAUGAUAAAGAAGUGGAGAGUACCUUUGGCAAAUGGAGCCAAGCAUCUGAGGCAGGUAACAAUGAUGACUGGGAUGAUAGCUUGCUAACAAAGGAGCAGAGAGAAGCAAGAUUGCAGAAAAAGGUUGAGGCGGUCAUCAAGAGAGAAAGAGCCAUGGCCUAUGCAUAUUCACACCAGUUGUGGAAAACCACUCCUAAAUCAGGUCAAACGCCUCUAUUGGAUAUCCGAUCUGGGGGAUUUCCAUGGUGGUGGAACUGGUUGGAACGUCAGGUGCCUCCAGCAAAUCCUCCCGAAAGCCAUGGUGUGAAGAAUUUUCAACUUACGCCUCCAAGACCGCCGUCUGAGCUGAAGCCGAGCCCACGGCCCCAGUCAAGCAACUACAUGCAGCGCCAUUUUGGGUAUGAUGGUAUGGACAUCUCCACACCAAAAUCCACAAAAUCAACUAUACUCACGUCGGCAAAACCGGCUCGAACCCCUCCUCCAAAUAGAACCUCACUAGCCAACAGCGCAGGCUUGUCAAAGUAUUCAAGAGCAAGAGGUAGUGGAGCUGAUUCCCCUUUUGAUCUGCCAUUAAAGGACGAUGACAGCCUCGUAAGCUGCCCGCCAUUUUCCGUUCCGAGCUACAUGGCUCCAACAGUUUCAGCCAAAGCAAAAGCAAGAGCUUAUAGUAACCCCAAGGAAAGGUUUCCGGGGACUCCAAACAGCGAGUCGAAGAGGCGACUUUCAUUCCCCUUGACACAAGGCAUUGGGUCUUUCAAGUGGAACAAGGGCUCCAUGUUCUUCAACAAGGAUUCUAGCUCUCAAAGGAUGUUAGACAAGAACCAGUCACUUCAAUCCAUUGGGAAUUUGAGUGUGGAUUCCACCGUUUCUUUGCCUGCUGGGGUUGGAAGGAAGCCAUUUAACCGAUUUGUGUGAUUUCUUUUGGAUAUUUUUGACAUUUUCAUCCCCUCCGUUGUGGUGUUUAUUUUGAUUGAGUGUAUGUUGAUAGUUUGAUUUAUAUAAUACUGAUGUAAUAUAAUAAAGAAAACAAUAGGAAAUGAUGGUUUGAAUGUAACAGGAUUGGGUUUCUAAAAGGUAUUAUGACAUUUAUUUUUUAGGAUU